UAUCCUCCUGGAUGGUGUUUUCCUAUUCAUAGAUUUCCGCACCAAGAUAUCCGCCUCGAACAGUAGGUCAGCAUGGUCAUGGCCGUUGCAUGGCGAACGAGACAAAGUACUUCCAUGGUAGUGGGCAGGAGGCUACCGCUGCAAGCCCAGUAAACAGUAACACGGUUGUUGCAAAGGAGAAAGUUGAGAACAAAAGCCUCCAUUUAGAUGAGGCAGGAGCAGUGGGUCCCUUGAAUACCGUCGACAUCAUGCAGCUGGGUGUAACCGAGAGCUACGGUCUCGAUCUUGGUGCAUUUUCGCUGUUCGACAAAGAUUCAUGUCUUGUUCUUCAAGAGAAAUGGAAUCAUGGCGGAGACCAUCGUCGUGACAGAAUGAAUUCUUUGUCGCAUCCCCCUUCGUAUUCCUCCUGUGGACCGGAUUUUGAAGAAAUAUUUUCCACAUCUAGUCAUACCAGUUCAACUACGCUGUCGAGCACGACCACCACCACUACCGCCAACCAUCGAUAUAAGAACCUUCCGUUCAGAGAAGACGAAUUUUCAUGUGCCGUAAUGCAAUCCACUGAACUGUCAGCGCCGGACCCUUGGUCUGUGCUGUCAUGCUCUUCUGAUCGGAAAUCCGCCUUAUUUCUGGAAGACGACCAAAGCAUCGAAACCGCUUCCACCUGGGAUCUGUACAGUGACGCCUUUGACGUCUUUCGAGAUAAAAUCACCAGUAUCACGCGCUCCAUGCAAAAUUUCCAACUUCAAGAAUUACUGGGAGACGAGCAUCCAUAUUCACAACAAAAACAAAUCCAAUCACAACACGAAUGCAGGUUUGAUGCAUCUGACUCCAAAAGGAUAUGCCGCACACAACGAGAUGCCGCUGGUGACACCGUGGCCGUGACACCAGUCCCUUCCCAUUUCGAUGCCUCCUAUGUUGAUACCAAUGACGGUCAAAACAUUGUGCAUUCCCCUGACCAAUGGCGACGUGAAGCGACAAACCACGCCAUCAGCAAUGUGGAUGAAAAACGACUGAGAAUUUCUACCCUUUACAGCACCACCAAUUGUCUGGUGGAAACGCGGGCGUCCGAAAAAUACGAUGCAUUGCUGAGUUUUGAGAAUGACAGCGCAUCCACCCAUUGGCAAUCUCAGUUUCUCGACCUGCUUUCCUCUUGUAUUGGGCACGCCGAAACCUUGGAAUCGUUAUCCAAUGAAUUGCUAGGCACCGAGGGACGUGUUCGCAAUUUACUGAUUUACGAAAAAGCCGUCGAUGAAGUGUUUCAGAGCCGUGAACGGAUGUAUUUGGAAAAAAUUCACGAAUGCCAACAGGUGGCCAGGCAGCAAUUGCUGAUGCUGAAUGUAUUGGAGGAACUCAUGGCAGGUUUGGACCGAAAAUCAGAUCAACUAAAUAAUCCCUGCCGUGCUGUAAGAGUGAACGGAAAACGGCCAUCAGAAAACCGCGCAUCGUACGAAUUCCGACGACGUGCUGCAACUGAAACACGGAUGCUCACACAUCCAUGCGAGUUUGUUCAACGACUCCGAUUGCACAUCGGCACGCUGAUUGGCGGCACCGUAGGCACAGGACAACUCCUCUACACAUUUCAAGACGAACACCACGAUAUUAGGAUGAUCAUUGCUGGCUCAGGCUUCCUAGUCCAUCCCUCCUUUUCUACAUAUCAGAACGCAAGAGAUGAAUUAGAUCCUCUAAUGUCCACGCCCACCAUGUACCAUCAUCGGUACAUGCUUGAUCUUUCGACAAAAGAUCGUCAGUCCCGCUUUGUGUUAUUACCAAAGGAGCAAUGGACCCCGGAUAGAUACACCGAUCAAUGCCAGUUUGUUCAAACGUCAUCAUCUGAUUCCCCCACACAUGCGCGCCGCUGUGUUAUUCAAUUCAACUUUUUUCGUCGUAAACACCACUGCCGAAGGUAAACCAUCCGCUUUUUCUUCAUUCCGCCUUACAAUAAUACCUGCGAGGACGACCUGUCUAAUGUCCCUUUCGCUUUGCUGCAUGACUAGAUGUGGUCUUUUACUAUGCCAUUGGCACAGUAGCAAUCGAUUACCACUUUUUCCCUCUCAGUUACCGCCUUUAUCCAAGCAGGCCGCUGUCACGGGUCAGUGGGCCCGCGUAUGUGAUCACUGUUUUGAGGAGCUGACGGUGAGCUCUGCUUGUUGAGGAGAAUGAACUUCCUUGCUUUUCCGUUUGCCACAUUUUAUUAUUCUGUGUCAUCUGAUGAUAAUUCUGUACAUAGCAUUUUCAUGUAAAAAUCCUAUUUCCAACUGUCUAUAAUGAUUUGUAAAUGUCUGCUGAAGAAUGGAAUUUACUUGCCAAUUUAGGGGCGAAUUGCAUUUUGG